AGAACUGAGAUAUCGGAAUCAACUGCAGUUUCCUUUGCGCACGCACGUCACCAUCUGGAUGAGACACAUCCGUUUGAACCCCUUGAGAUCAUCAACUUGCUUGAAGGGAUAGAUUCGAGAGGCUUGAGGUCGUUACAUCGAUCGAAACCAUUGAAGAUGAGACGGGUAACGUGGCUGAGGCGAGAUCCGCAACGAAAAAAUCGCUGAGGAUAUUGAAACAGGACUUUUCGUAAUGCCGAUGGGCGAGUCACCACCGCCGGCUUCGUCGUUGAAUCGGAGGUGAGAGAGAGGAGACGAGGUCGAGUAUCCUGAAACACAGCUGCUGCACCGGAGAACGGUCAGAGUGCAACGAACGGGGAUCCAGGAGCGCCUCGGCCGAGGGGCGAGAACGUCAUCCUGAAAUCGGUUGUAAGAUGACGCAGCAGAGCGGCGCGGGGUCGCCGCAGCAAUUCUGCCUUCGCUGGAACAAUUAUCAAACAAACUUGACGAACGUGUUCGAUCAGCUGCUACAGAGCGAGAGUUUCGUCGACGUUACACUCGCUUGUGACGGGCACUCGGUCAAGGCUCACAAGAUGGUGCUCUCGGCGUGCAGUCCGUACUUCCAGGCACUCUUCUUCGACAACCCUUGCCAGCAUCCCAUCGUCAUAAUGAAGGACAUUAAAUGGCCGGAGCUGAAAGCAGCCGUCGAAUUCAUGUACAAGGGGGAGAUAAACGUCUCUCAGGAGCAGAUCGGCCCCCUCUUGAAGGUCGCCGAGAGCCUCAAGAUACGCGGAUUAGCCGACGUUAAUAACGAACAAGAACUCACCACGUCGAGGCCGUCCAAUGCUCAGGACGAACACUCGGCCGUUUCGUCCGGCCCAACGGCCGCUGGGGGUGCAAACUCGUCUUCGACGUCGGUUCCUUUACUUCCCGCUCCGGCUAGGAAAAAACGACGUCGAGUUUCGGCCGGAGAACGUUCGCCGGUGAACGGAAACAGCCCGGUCAGGGAGGGUGACGAACACCUUCAGCACACCGACCACCAGCACCAUCAUCUUGGAAUCGCGGUUGCUGCUGCGGCUGCGGCCGCGGCAGCGGCGGCCGCGGCGGCGGGGGGCGACGGCCAGAAUUCCGGAUCCGGUCUUCAUCCCUCGGCACCAAGGUCCCUCGGCUCGCCGACAGCACCGAGCAUCUCCGUAACACCCCAGAUCAGCCUCCACGAUCUUCCGGCUUCCCUCGCCCUACCACCGACCGCUAAUUUGCCCCUACCGACCAGCCAGGCAUCCCAUCCUGUUGUCGCCCAUCACGUGUCGGCUCACGUUACUUCCGGGUCCCAUCCCCCCCUCAAUGCUCAGAUCGGAUCUCAGCAGCUUUCGGUUCAUCAUCAUCAUCACCAUCAUCAGCAGCAGCAACAACAGCAACAGCAACAGCAACAGCAGCAGCAGCAACAGCAGCAGCAACAGCAACAACAGCAGCAACAGCAUCAACAACAACAACAUCAUCAACAAACUGGACAGAACUCAGCUCCUGGUGCCGAUGACCUCGAGAUCAAACCUGGGAUUGCCGAGAUGAUACGCGAGGAGGAAAGAGCCAAGUUGUUGGAGUCAUCCCACGCUUGGCUCGGUGCCUCCACCUCCAGUAUAGCCGCAGACAGCUACCAGUACCAGCUUCAAUCGAUGUGGCAGAAGUGCUGGAACACGAAUCAGAGUCUGGUCCACAAUCUUCGGUUCAGAGAACGCGGACCCCUCAAGUCCUGGAGGCCAGAGACGAUGGCCGAGGCCAUUUUCAGCGUACUGAAGGAGGGCCUCUCGUUGAGCCAGGCGGCAAGAAAAUACGACAUCCCGUAUCCGACUUUCGUCCUCUACGCGAACCGCGUUCACAACAUGUUGGGACCGAGCGCGGACGGCGGAGCCGGUGAGUAUCUCCGACCCAAGGGCCGUGGGAGGCCUCAGCGCAUUCUUCUCGGAGUUUGGCCGGAUGAGCACAUCAGAGGUGUGAUCAGAGCCGUCGUCUUCCGCGACGGACAGUCCGCCCACAUCGUCAAGGAGGAACCGACCACGUUGUACCCUAGCCUCGCCAGCUACGCCGCGUGUAACGGUCCCGAGGGUGCCGUCAGCCCUGGAGCUGCAGUUUCCGCCGCCGUGGCCGCCGUCGCCCAAGGUUUGCGUCACCAGGUUUGCAGCAUGGUGGCAGCGGCGCACUCCCAACAGCACGACAUGAUCGGUACCAACUUGUCGUCGAAUCUGUCGACCAACAUUCAGGCGGCGCUGCAGGCGCAGCAUCAGAACAACGGCAACUCGCCGCUCAACCUCGGAUUGGCGAGUCCAGGUUCCGGACCGCCGGAAAGUCCGAUGGAGAGCCCGCUGGCGAGUCCGUUGGGUCCGCUAAUGGAUCCGGGACACAUCCCAGGCAACGUCGAGGUCGGAAUCGGGGUCAGCGGGAUGACGUACAAGCCGACUCGCAGUUUUGUAAGUCCAAGGCCGGAGAACCUCUUCCAGGAGGAUAUCGCGGACCUGGUGAAGAGUCCCCAUCACACCUUGAAGGACAAGGAUAAAAUACCGGUGAAACUGGAGCCUCUCCAGGCAGAUUCUAGGUGCGAAUAGCGUCCGGGUGUGGAGAUCUAAUCCUCCAAGCUUCUGCGCCCCGCAAGAACUCCUGUUUCCCGGUCGCGUUGUGUUCUUCCUCGUGUCCUGGAUCCUUGAGUUUGACGGGAUUUCAUUCUGUGCACAUGUAGAAACGACAACUGGCUACUACUGGGAGUAGGGUAUCUACAUGGCAUAGAAUCACGCGCACAAUUAUGCGAGAUUCCUGUACAUAUACACUGUUUUUCCC